GCCGGAGCAAACUCGCAUCUAACUGAAAAAACUGGUAGAAAUCCAGCUGGGAGUGAGCAGAAGCAGCACCGGGAGGAUUAAAGCUCAGGAGAGUGAAAAAGAGGAGUUUCGCUUAGCCCCCGAGAAAGCGAGUUUGGUAGGAGCAGAAUUCCAGGUUAGACACUCGUUGCAAACACAACGCCUCCUUUGCUCCCCAGUCAUGUUUACCUCGUGGAUGAGAAGAGAAUCCUGAAGUACACUUGUGGUUUUAUAUUUGUUGCCUUUCACUUUCCACUCCCAAUAAUCAUUAGUCGCCCCGGCACCCAUUGCCGGCGCUGGAGUGACUUGAUAUUCACCCACUGGGGGGGGUUUGGAAAAGUCGUGCACAUUUGCACCUGGAGUUGCGACGAAAAGGACCCAUUCACAUCGGAGCAAACGGCUGCAACCGUGCCCUCCAGGUAUUUAUGGUACGUCGGGAUUUCCUUGCUCUUUGACACCUAUCUUGGAGCAUUUGGUAACGGGCUGGAGCUUGCUCGGUUGAAAGAGCUGACUGAUGUGUCCAAGUGGACUUCUCAUGGCGCCCUUCAGAUCAAAAGCGGUUGUGCGAGCGGAUAACGGCGCAGGUUGGUGCGAAUUUGGUUUGUGUUGAAGCAGUGUUGCUCAGAUCACGUCGAUUUCUCCCGGGGGCAAGCAUCACCUCAACCAGAGAUGAUUAUUCUACUUAUAAAGAACGUUUUCAGACUUCAUUUAAUGAAGAUUGUGCCUAGUUUUGUCUGGCUUUUUAGAACAAUCUCUCUGAUUUCAAAAAAUGGACAGCUUUGAAGCAGAUGUAAACUGUAAUAUGAUGAAUGAAUUGGAUAUAGAUGCCAAUGAAGAGCUUCUGGAAAAAAUGGAUGACUAUCAAUUCACCAGAUUUGUAAAGAACUACUGUGUUAAUUUGCGACAACCACAUGACAUUCUAGAUGAGGACUGCAUCAAAAAAAGAUCAGAGAAUUCUUUAGUGUGGGAGAAAUCUUUUGAACACAGUAUACUUCUAGAUAUGGAUGAUGAUUUCGACUUAAGUUUUAAUGAAGUAUGUGAUUCCUAUACCAUCUUCCUUUCUCAGUCGUCAGCAGAAGAUGAUAGCGUUAAUAUUAUUACAGAUGAUAUUGACAAGAUUGAAAAUGAAUAUGAAAUAAACAGGGCUGAAGAAACUGGGAAUGAGCAAAACCAACACAGUUCUAGCUAUUCGGACCAAAAUGAUGAAACAAAAGAUAAUUUUAAAAGUAGUUUUCAAGAGAGCAAACUGCAGGAGUUGUCUGGCAAUACCACUGAUGAGGAGCUGGAAGAAUUGCCAUAUGAUGGUAACUUACAGAAUGUUCGUGAACAUGCAACAGAUGAGCAUCCUGAUUUAGUUGCCCAAACACUGCCAUUAACUGGACUUGUCAGAAACCAGUCAGCUCCUUUGUCUGUUUGCAGAUUGACACAAACAAUCCCAUUGAGUACCCAGGAAAGAUCAACAAUGGAGAAUUCAUUCUUCUGCCAAGAAAAGCCUGAUAAUGAACCAAAUACAGAACCUGAAAAUUCUAACCACAGAAGUAAAAGUGAAACAAAUACUUUUUUGCCGAAGGACACAGUUGAUGCAUUGGUAUCCAGAUAUGAAACUGAAUUAGAAAAUAGCUUACCGGUUGAACACAGUCAGGUUUGUGAUGGAAGAUCAAACAUUGCUGAAUCACUCCAAUAUUACUUCUCUGAAGAAGACCUGGCACUUAGUUCAUCCACGUACAUUGACUCUGAGACUUUACCAGAAACCUCUUUUACAGAUAGUGUUGAAGAAACUGUAAUUAAGAACCAUGUUUCAUCAGUGGCUAGUAAUAAUUUACCUAUAAACAUGAACAAAUUUACAAUAUUAGAAGCAGACCUUUCCAGGAAUCAAGGGCUGGAUAGCAAAUUUACAACUGAAAAAAAAGUAUUCCAAGUUGAAGAUGAUUCAUACUGCAAUACGUAUGAGAAGAUGGAAAAUAAUUGCACAUGUGCACUAGAGAAUUCACCAAAAAUAACACAGGAAGAGAACACACAAGCACUACCUAAUCUUGAAACAGUAUCAGCAAUUACUCAAAAUCCUAUUUUAAAAAUGGGAAGAACAAUUUCUUACAAUGAAAUCAAAUAUGGUAAAGGAAAGCAACAUUAUCCUUUGCUUGACUUUUCCAAAGUUGGACCCAAAGUCAAAAUUCCCAAGAGGAAUACUUCGAGUAAUUAUAAUCUGGAAAGACCAAUAAUAAAAAAGGCAAAAUCUUCAGUCGACUCACCAGAAAGUCCUCAUGCAACGCAUGAGUCAACAGUAGAUGCAACACAGGUGAUAUUGGAUAGUACACAAUCUUCAAUAGUUCCUACCAGAACAGAAGUUAACAGCAAAAAACAACCUGCGGACUCAAAUCAUACCCCAGAACUUUUUCAACAAUUGCAGGAGGAGUUUGACAAACUAUUAAUAAAGUAUGCAGAAGCUGAGAAUACCAUUGAUCAGUUGCGUUUUGGAGCAAAGGUCUAUGAAAACUCUGAUUCAAAUCAAAAUCAAAUGUUUCAUUCUGGAAUUUUGUCAUCAUUCUGUAAUGUGAUCAAUUUGACUGCUCCCCAACAACAUGAAACUCAGUCAGGAUCUACUUCCCAUUCAACCAUAUUCUCCUCAUCAGUUAUUUCUACUAGAACCAAUCCAGAUUCAUGUCAUCCCAUUGCUGAGGUACACAAGGCAACAGAAGCUGAACAAAUAGCACAGGAGCUGAAUGAACACAUUGAAUAUUUUAAACAUCAGGUUGAAGACUUUCAGAAGUGCCUGAAUUCUAAGUCAAUUACUCUAGAAGAUGUGCAAUGGGAAUUUAAGAAACUAAGAGAUGGCCAGGACAAACUAGAAAGGAGAUACAUUGCAACAAAAGAUGAGCAUCGCAGUCUGCAGCAGCGCCGCUACCGUGACAAAAGUAUCAUUGUUGGGGAGUUUGACCCUGACAGGGUAAUGGACGGAGAAAUAUUUAGAAUAGGAAUGGAACUGGAAAAUAUAAAAGAGAAAAUUGAUGAAUACAUUUGCAUUCAGUCAAGCCCACAUAAUUCCAUCAUGACUACACCACAUUCCACCCAUCAGUCUCUGUCUUCUGAGAGUACUGUGGCUACCAUUAUUCAGGAAGGACUGAGGGUGGGUUUAAUUACACAGGAUGAUUUUCAAAAGGAGAUAAUGCCAGAUGAGACACCGAAGAAGAAUGGUCAAUCAUCCUUACUGGAAGACAGAGACUAUCCCGUUCAACAGAGACAAACUGCUACAGUAUUGACAAAAGCACCACCAACCCUACUUGACAAUAAAUUUCAUGCUUCUGUUUAUCCAUCUAAUUCAUUCAUGAAUCAGACAUCAAGAUUGCACAGCACUUCACUCCACAGGCAGGAAUCAUUGAAUGAACUCAAGCAACAGAUAUUUUCGCCGGACAAUGGAAUUGUUGGAUCAGAAAGUUGCAGACCUAGUACAGCUAUGCAUACACUGGAUUCUGAACAACCACAAACAGGAAGCUUUUGUGAAAGGAUGUAUUCUUGUAAGAAAGAAUUACAUAAAAGAAGCAAUGAGUCCUCCCACACAACUGAAAAUAUAAUGGAAAAUGAUAACAAAGGAAGGCACUUACUUCAGCUGGCAGAUCCAUCUGGCUGUACCAAUCUAUUGAAGUGGCAUGAACCCAUCAUUGGUGUGACAGACUUUUCAGCAGUUGCAGACUUGGGCCUUUUCGCUGAGAACUCAGAGGAUCAUAUACCGCUACCAAUCCCUCAACAGUGUAAAUCGAAAACAUUUCUACAGCAGACUAAUUGUGGUGAAAAAGAAAAUGAAGAAUUAUCUCAAUCGUGGCCUACAAAAAAUGAAGAAAUCUUGGAGCUGCAAAAUGAAGUGUCAAAACUCAAGCAAAUGUUAGAGGAAAAUCUUUCCAAGUUGUCUAAUGUACAUCCAUCACAGGAACAAAAAUAUAGGACCAGAUCAUACCAUAGUAAGAACUUUUCAUCUACAAGAUGUGAGGAGGAUGUUAAAUUAACUGCCAGUACCUUAAACGGCCUUAAAAGAAGAUCGUGUAGUUGGCAAAGAAGAGAUGAAGAUGUUUCAGAUCCAAAACUAAACGACCAAAUGGAAGAUCUACCUUUUUCUGACACACAAGUAUCUGUAUAUGCAAAACAAGGUUUCUUAGAAAAAACAAGAACAGCUCAUCAUAGACAAAGUUACUCAGAAGGUCACAAAUCAAACAGGACUUGGUUAAAAGGUUCAUGUAAAGGCUUAUACUCUUCAACAAAUGGACUGAAUUUGCAUAGACAGAAAACGAAUAGUUGCUUUUUGUGCAGUAAGAGAGCACCUCAUAAAAUCUUUUCUGAGGGAUCAUCAGGAUCAACUAGACGUGCGCUCAUUUCCAGCCUUGGAAUUUCAAGUGCUGCAACAAAUAAAUGCUCUGAAACGUUAGCAUCUAUUUCACCAUUAAAGUAUGGCACCAUUGAGUAUCCACCAAUAUCGAAUGGCUCCAGGAUUUACUAUUCCCCUACAAGUGAAAUAGACAAAAUAGAAUCACCAGUUUUACCCAAUCACUUUUAUAGUACCAGGUCAUUACUGCGAGGUAACAUUGAUAAAAGCAACAAUAAUGCACAGAUUUUACAUUUAAACACAACUUUGGACAGAGCAAUCGAAGCUGCAAACAGCAUGAAGAAAACCACCAGGAGGAUGAUUAAGAUCUUGUCUGCUGACUUGGCCAAAGCUGAGUACUAUAAAUAUUUGUAUGAUUUCUAAUAUUUUUCUGAUACUGUAAAUUAACCUAAUUUGAUGGGUGGUGUAAUAUUUAAUAUGAAGUGUAACGUGGAAUAUGAAUUCAGUACUUUUUUCUCAAACAGUGCAUUGAUUUGUAAGAUUAAGAGCUAAAGUUAGAUAGUUUUUGCAGAUUUUGGGCCCUAGCUCUAAAUACCUUAUGUCUAGGACCUCAUUGAUCACUCGUGAUUGGAAGUGACUCAUCAGAUGAGAUGUGAGGCACCACUUGUUUCACCAAGAUGUUCAGUGACAAAGUUGUAUUUGUGUCAUUUACUCACUGACUUUUGAUGUUCGGGUGACUCUUUAUAAUUUUUCAAGAUAGGUUCAAGCAGAUAUUCAGGCAGACUGCCAAUUUAUGCCCUGGUUUGUCAUCUAACGUAUAUGUGCAAAGUACCCAUUCAUAAAGAAAAAAAUUGAUUUUAUUAGAAAUACACAACUUUUGUCUCACCUAUCAUUAAAAAACACCAGCACCUUAGCCAGUAAAGAUGAAGACAACUCCAGCUGUCACCAUUACCGCCCUGGUAAAAUGCUCACCAAUGAUCUCUUCAACUAAUGCUUCAUCUCUCAACUGUUUUCCUCUCAAGGAUUAUCAAAUAUACACAUACCACAUGACUCUCUGCCUCCCACUGUUAGCACAUUUGUCAAAAUAAUUUGGUGGUGUCCAGAUUUCUAUGCAUUACAUAGCUCAAAAGGGCAUUCGUGAUUAAUGAUCCUGAGUAAUUGUAAUUGCAGACGAUAUCUCUUCUUGCCAUCCUCAACCUCUCUGCUUCAUUCAGUCGAUAAGUAUCUUUUUCCAUCCUCAUUUUUCAGUGUAUUACUGUUGUAGCCACUUCAGUCCUUGCAUCUCCUUCGGUGGCUUCUCACAUAGACAGUUUGGGUACGCAAUUAAGAUCAGUCUUCAGUGUUUUCUUAUUCCUAAUCCGUAUCACUAUCAUCUACAAUUCCAUGAUCACGCGGUUUGAAGAACUACAGUGUGAGAAACUUGUUUAAUAUUUAAAAUAGCAAGAAGCCUUUUCAGACUCUUAGUUCCAAAAUACUAUUACGUGUAAUAAAUUUUAUAUAAAGAAAUCAAACAAGAUUAUUUUAAUAUAGUAUCUGAGAUGUAAAAAAAUUAAAAGAAUUCCAGGAAGAAGAAAAUCAUGCAAGGUUGUGUUAAAAGCUGCACUGAGAUUCCUCACUUUAUUCUAUACUACAGCCCACAUCCAUGUAUUCUGUACACAGGCUAGAAGCACUGUUAUAAUCUCACUUGUGAAUAUAUUAUAUCUGCUUUGCAUAAAUAUAUCACUUGUUAAGUCUAUUUGAAACAGCAAUUACUUUGGCAUGGUUAUGUGUUCGCAUGUUAAU